GGGGAGAACGGGGCGGGGGGAUCGCCGUGCAAUCUGGGCCACCCGGCGCGCACGCGGCGCGCUGCUUUCGCGGCCCUCGCCACAACCAUCACCACCACGACCACCCCGGCAUUCCCGGACGGCCACCGCACCGCUCCUCCCGGCCUCACCUCACCUCACCCAAUACUUAACCCCAGCCAUGGGUGGGAGCCGAGCCCUUUCCCUCUCCUCCCUUUGCGCCGCCUCCCUCGCCGCCGCCGCCGCCGCCGCCGCGACCAGGUCCCCCCUCCUCUCCCCCCACCACCGCGCGCGCCACCUCCGGCCCCGCCUCGCCGCCGCCAUGUCGUCCUCCUCCUCGCCCGCCCCGGCCCCUGGGUCCGACCCCGCGGCCCCGGCGGCGUCCUCGGCGUCCUCCGCCAUCGACUUCCUCACGCUCUGCUACCGCCUCAAGACGACGAAGAGGGCGGGGUGGGUGAGGCGCGGGGUGCCGGGUCCCGAGUCGGUGGCCGACCACAUGUACCGGAUGGGAGUCAUGGCGCUCGUCGCCGCCGACCUUCCGGCCGGCGUCAACCGCGACAGGUGUGUGAAAAUGGCGAUUGUGCAUGACAUAGCCGAAGCUAUUGUUGGCGAUAUCACCCCUGCUGAUGGUGUGCCCAAGGAAGAGAAGAGCCGUAGGGAGAAGGAAGCUUUGGACCAUAUGUGCGCAUUGCUUGGUGGAGGUUCAAGAGCCGACGAAAUUCGUGAACUUUGGAUGGAGUAUGAGAACAACGCCACUUUGGAAGCGAAGGUUGUUAAAGAUUUUGACAAGGUUGAGAUGAUACUUCAAGCACUCGAAUACGAAAAGGAGCAAGGGCGGGACCUAGAAGAGUUCUUCCAAUCGACGGCAGGGAAAUUCCAAACGGACGUCGGAAAAGCAUGGGCAGCAGAGGUUGCAUCAAGAAGAAAGUGAAAACAAGUGAUCAAAUGACAAAUUCACGAGCACUCUCGGUGCUUCUUUUUUCGGAUACAAUUGUCAGCGCCGGAUCUGUAUCGUGUUUCACUUCAGGGCCUUUCUUAUCCCUGAGACAAACCGGCCUCCCAACUCGGGUAGGGCUUCUCCAGAUCAGCCAGUUGUAUUGCAGAGCGGGUCUUUUCACUUGUAGCUCGCCUGACCAUGCCCAGCACCAAGUUGGUAGGAUCAGCCCCUUUCUGAUGUAAAAUCAGUUAACUCGUUGACACCAAUACAGUGUACUCCUGUUAAUCGAGGCCCAUCGUUUCGAUCGUUUGGUAACGCUA